CAUUACAUUAAACUCUGUCGUGUCUUUUAUAGUGGUACUUCUAUCAAUAAACCUGAGACAAUGGACCUAAAUAUGCGCAAGGCUAAUUACACUCAAUCCUAUUUCUCAGAAAUUGCCGAAAUGGAUUUAUUCUCGAACUGCCGAAGGUCAGUGGAGGAAUCAAUUUCCCCCUUCAUCCAACACAGACCGUUCGUACAACGUGAACUGACGUACAAUCCUAUCGGACCACAGGAAUUUUUUAUUGAGGAUGAUUCGGCAGAACAAUUAUCAGGUAUAUAUGGUCUACAGGAGCAUGAUAAUGAACAGGCGGAUGGUCACAUUAAUUCGGGCGAGAAACGAUUUCCAAGAUAUUUCAUCCUGCAGAAUCCGAGAAUCAACAAGGCCGUUGUUAAAGUCAGUAGGUUUAACACAGAGACCACGUGGAAUGAAUUGAAGAAUCUGGCUAGAUUGUGGGGGCCGACUUAUAGAAUCCACGUGGCCCGAGAUCGGUUUACCAAAAGAGGACGAGGAUUUGGUUUCAUACACUACAAACAUAGAAACGAUGCCGCCAGAGCAAUAGCAGGUAUGAAUGGGCUUCUAUUUGGAGGUGCGAUACUCGAAGCUGGAUGGUCCAGACAAUCUAUUAAUAUAAUUCAGAUUUAAAAUUUUGUCUUAAAAAAUUAUUGUUUUACAUUGAUUAAUCUUGAAUAAGGUUCUUGAAUUUAUUUAUUUACAUUAUGUACCUUUUAAUUUUGAAAUCUACUUUUUGAACACGUGUUUGUGUUAAUUAUUAAUUUAUA